AUGCCCCCUCCCAUUGAGGAUAUCUCCGACGAGGAGUCCGGCGACAUCCCCUUUGAUGAUAAAAAUGGCGCGAAAGAGGAUGUGAACGUGAAGGAUGACGCCGCAGACGCCGCAGACGAGGAGGAGGAAGAAGAAGAAGAAGAAGAAGAAGAAGAAGAAGAAGAAGAAGAAGAAGAAGAAGAGGAUGUCUUCGUUGUCGAGAAAAUUCUUGAUCACGCGUGGAUGGACGACGGCUCAUUCAAGCUUCACGUGAAGUGGAAAGGCUGGGAUAAACCUGAAGACCUGACAUGGGAACCAGAAUCGUCGUUGAAGUCGGGCGCUAAGCAAAUCCUGGACGCUUACUACAAAAAGAUCGGUGGGCGCCCUCGAAAGAAUGCCGCGAAGCCCGCGCCCAAGGCUGGACCCGGCCGCAAGCGCAAGUCUAUGAACCACGUCAAGGAACCCUCGGCUUCCGUUGAGCCUGCCGAGUCCAAGCGAUCCCGACGAAAGUCAUCAGCUCCUGCAGUAGAGGAGUCCAACCCAGAGGCAGCUUCCGAGGAGGAAGAGCAUUAUUUCUCCUGGACUCCCAAGGUUAAAGAUUGGGGUAGCCAGCUUGAGCGAGUCGACACUAUUAUCAGAGAUCAGGAGACCAAGUCACUGUAUGCGUUCUUGCUCUGGAAGAACGGACGACGCUCCCGCGUUGCAUUGGAAACUUGCUAUGAUAAGUGCCCCCGUCAAAUGCUUGAGUUCUACGAAAACCAUCUUGUGUUCAAAGAGACGUAA